AUGCUGGUUAUCACUCCCGCAGUUGAGGAUGAGCAAGAUGCUACUACUGGUAACGAUUCCAAGGCUUCUCCAUCAAAGAAGCGCAAGACAUCUGUCGAGGAGAUCGAAGUAGAUGUCACUCUUCCCGAACCGCCAUCCAAGAAGGCUUUGCGUCGUCUGAAGAAAGGCAAGCCUCUUCCGCCACCCAAGUCUGGAGCCGAUUCUACACCUGAACCAGAAACCAAGAAAGCAAAGAAAGCUGAGGUAGAAAAGAGAUCCGAGCACGGUGUAUGGAUUGGAAACUUGCCAUUCCAUGUCUCCAAGGAAAUCCUGCGCGAUUUCCUUGUUGAUCACUCUGAUAUAACCCAAGAGAUGAUCACCAGAGUGCAUAUGCCUGGACCCAAUGAUACCAAGUCAGCCAACAAGGUUAACGAAACGAAGAAGUUUGCCAAAGUCGUAAACAACAAGGGCUUUGCCUAUGUUGAUCUAUCCUCAGCAGAAGCAGUCAAAGAGGCUGUUGAAUUGUCUGAGCAACUAUUAUCUGGUCGACGCUUGUUGAUCAAGGACAACAAGUCAUUCGAAGGCCGCCCUGAGAAGACUAAAGAGGAGACAAGAAAUGAAGGCAAGCCACCAAGCAAGAAGGUGUUCAUUGGCAAUUUAGCCUUCGAUACCACCGAACAGAGCCUCAAGGAGCACUUCUUAAAGUGUGGACCAAUCGCCAGCGUUAUGGUUGCAUCCUUCGAGGACAGCGGCAAAUGCAAAGGUUAUGCUUGGGUUGUAUUCGAGGAACUUGAAGGCGCAGAGAAUGCUGUUCGAGGCUUCGUAUACAUUGAGGAAGAGCUUUCGGACGCAUCGGAAUCUGAGGAGGAGAGCGACGCCGAUGAUGGAGCAUCUGAUGCAGAGGUCAGCAAGUCGAAGCCCAAGAAGACAAAAUUGAGGAAGUGGUGGGUCAACAAGAUCAAGGGCAGAUCCUUACGUGCAGAGUACGCCGAAGAUGCACAAGUCCGAUACAAGAAACGAUACGGCAAAGAUGGUAGCAAGAAUGCUGCUUCCGAGGGUGUAUCAACUGGAGAGAAGUCUGUCUCGGAGGUGCCAGGUCCUGUCAAGCCUGCAAAGGUUGUUGAAUAUCGGAAGCCUUACGCGGCGAGAUUGACAGGCGGUAUCGUUGAGAGUAAGGGGAGUAAAAUUACGUUUUGA